AUGGCUAUAAUUCUUAACCGAACGUCCUUGGCCGCCAUCUCCUUUGGCGAUGGAACAAACACACAUAUUCCUGUUUACUACCAUGAUACCGAAAGAAACAUCCGGGAGACUCUCUAUGAUACUGGUUCCAAUCCACCUUGGCAUCAAAAUACCGAAGCUACCGUCGGUAAAGGGAAAUUAGACAGUGGCAUCGCCGCUGUUUCUUGGAGUGGCGGAACUCAGGUCCAGAUUCGUGUUUAUUGCCUCUCCUCAGAGGGCUAUAUUGUGGAGGUAACAACUCCCGUUCAACUUAUUGUGAUACUAGAUUCUAGCUCACAAACCCUUCUAACCGGCGCAUACUUCACUGCGGUCCCCAACUCUGAACUCGCCGCUACCCAGUCCGAAGCAAUCUCCGGAACUGGUAUUUCUGCUGCACUAACAGCUACCAUCCUCCCCCGAGUCUACUUCCAGGUGUCGGGCGCAAAGUUCGUCGAGUGGGUAUCGGAUUCUCAAGGCAACUGGACUCAAAGCAGUUUCACGUGCCAGGGAACUUAUGUCAACGACAGCUGCACGGCAGCUCUUGGCAGUGGCACCACUAAUAUUUGGGUUUUCGCAACCAACGAUCAGAAUAGAAUCACGCAGACAGAAUACACGAACCCGGGGGCUGGCAGAAGACUAUCGAACUCUCAACCCCCGACACCGUGCUCACCAAUUCUCCUCUCGCACUAA